AUGAUAAGUCGUGACACUGGGUUCUAGGAUCUAGAGAGUGGAAUUUAGAGUAAUAAUUUAUCAUCAGGAUAAUUGGUUGAUUUGGAUUAAAACAGUCCAAUUAAUGGAUAAUAAUUAGAUCCAACUUUAGAGUUUUCUUAAUUAUAAUAACUUGAAGCUCUGAGAAUGAAAAGAGAUAUUUUUGAUAAUAAACAUAAACAAGCAUUAAAUUUAGGAAAUAAAUCAGAUAUAAAUGAAGAAGAUUGUUUAAUUAGUAAUUUCAGGUAAGAAAUGUCUAUAAAAUAGUGGAAAAAGAAGUGAACCAUAAGGAUCAAUUAGUUCUAUAAGUUGUAAUUUAAAGAAGCAAAAGCCUAUAACUUCUAAACCUACAAAGCAGAGGUCAAAUAAAACAAUUUAGUUCUAAUAAAAAUUAGAGUAAGAUGAUUUUGUAAUUGGAUCACCAAAAAAUUAAAGUGGUACUAAUAUUUUAGGAAUAAAAUCUGAUGCUAAGAUAGUAAAAUAUUAAACAUUUGUUUAAUAAUUGGAAGAAGAGUAAGAGUAAAAUGAGAAAUAAAAAAGAGCAUAAAUGCAUCAUGAUACAUUGAAACAAUAAUCAUUAGUUUUGAGAGGAAAGAGUAGAGAAAUGAAAACAGGGUAUUGAUAUUAAGUAAUUAGAAAGAUUAAAUGAAGUUUGGUCAUAGAAAGCGUUAAUUAUAAUAAGAUUAGUAUCUCGUUUCAUAUAACAAUUAAAGACAAAAACAGAAAGAAUAAAAUUUAGAUUAAUAACUUAAAGAAUAUUUGAAGUAAUAUGUGAUAAUAGUGCAAAUUUUGAAUAUAUGUUAAUAAAUAGAUUAAUCAAGUAGAAACCAAGUUUAGGAUUAGUAAUAUUCCAUCAUUUUUCAAGUCGAGCUCUAACAAUAUUAAAUACAAUAGAAUAUAUUAAUGAUUUUCUGAGUAAAUAUAUUAAAGUCAUAAAACCUGAUAGUUUAUUUAAGAUAGUUUGGGAUAUUAUACUAUUGUUAUUUAUUGUGGUUAAUAUUUUUUAUAUUCCAAUUUAUAUUAGUUUUGAUGUUAGAUCAUCUGGUUUAUUUGAAUGGAUAUUUGAUUUAUUACCCUCAUGGGUAUUUAUUGCAGAGAUUUUAUUAAAUUUUAAUACAGCAUAUUAUGAUAAAGGUUUAAUGCAUGAAGAUAGAAAAUAAAUAAUGAAACAUUAUGUAAAAGGUAAUUUUUUUUGGGAUAUAAUUGUUGUUAUCCCAUUUUUAAUAUCUUAUUUGGAUAUCCCAUUUGUUAGAUACACUUUAUUAUUACGACUUACACGGUUAUCACCAUUAAUGACAAGUAUAGAAGAAGUUCUCAAUUUAGAAGUAUAUAAUUAAUCAAUUAAAUAAUAGGAUAGUCUUUAAAUAGUUCUAGAUUUAUUAAAAUUGAUCUUUUUUCUAUUAUUAACUGGACAUUUCUGUGGAUGUGCUUGGCAUUGGGUUGCAAUAAUUGAAUAUUAAGAUUAUGGAUAAGAAUUAACUUGGCUUACUCGUUAUGAACCUAAUGCCAUGAAUUAUGAAUGGUUUGAUAGAUAUAUUAUUUCUUUAUACUGGAGUGUUAUAACUACUGUUACUGUAGGUUAUGGUGAUAUUGUACCAGUUACUACAGUAGAGAGAGUGUUUGUUAUUGUAGUAACUUUAUUAAUUUGUGGAGUCUUUGGUUAUUGCUUAUCUAAUAUUGGAAAUAUAUUUAAAUAAAUAACAGAUAAGAAAGCUGUCUAUAAAUAAAGAAUUAGAGAAAUAAAUUAACAUAUUAGAAAGAGAGGGCUAAGUUAUAAUCUCCAAUUAAAAGUAGAUAUAUUUAUAUAAAUUCUUAGGUUAAAAAGUAUUUUGAAUACUUUCUAAAAGUUAAGUAGGAGGAAGAUCAACAUGCAGAAUAAUUUAUAGAAUAAUUAACUAAACAUUUAAGAGAAGAAGUCUUAACUGAUAUAUAUAGUAAAACACUCAAACAAUCCAGAUUUUUAAGAGAAAAUUUUAGUGAAGAAAUUCUGAAUCGAUUAUGUUAGAUAGUAAAAGAAACCAAAUUGUAUCCAGAAUAAGUACUUUUUUAAAGAAAUGACUCUCCUAAGGCAUUAUGGUUUGUUUUAUCUGGAGCAGUUGAGUAUGUUGCUGAUCAUUAAAGUAUAUUAAAUCAUUAUAUCCUUUAGAUGAAGAUGAACAUUAUUAUACUGAAACAUUCUUAAAGAAAUUAACUCAAGGGUAUUAUAUAUGAUAAUAUGUCUUAGAGCAGUUAUUGGUGAAAGAGAAUUCAUAUCUCAAACUCCAUAUGAAUAUAAUGCAAGAGCUACUAAAUUUACAUAAUUAUUAGUUGUAGAGUAUCUAUAUCAAUAUUAUUGAUUAGUUAUUAACAAUUCUAUUUAAUAUUAUAAGAAAAUAAUGAUGAAUUUGAGAAGUAUUGUUUAGCAAAAGAUAAUCUAUUGUUUAAUAGUAAUUAUAAAGCAUUCGGAUAAAUAUGUGAAAUUUGUGGAUGGACUCAUCGAUUUAUUUAGUAAAUCUAUAUAUUAUCAUAUAGAUGUCCUUUCGUGUUUUUAUAACCAAAUAAAAACAAAAUAGCAAGUUCCUUUGUUUCAACUAAAACUAAUAAAAGAUUAUCAUUUCCAUAUAGGACACUAGCUAAGUCGAAUUGGAGAAAUAAUAUGCCUGAAGUUUAAGAGGCUGCAUUAGGUUACAUAGUAUUAAAUAACAUUAUACCAGAAAAGUAAUUAAUUUAUCAUCAUUCAAGAGAAAUAAAUGAUAAUUAUCUCGUUAAUUUGGGUUUUGAACUAAAUGAGAGGGAUGAAGAACCCUCUAAAAUAAUACCCAAUAAAAAAAACUCGAUGUCCAAAGAUCCAAAACUCUUAUCUCAAUAUGAUAACACACCUCAAUAAUAACCUAUUUAAUAACCUUCUAUCUAAACUGUCUUGCAAGAUUAAAAGUCAUAAAAUUAGACUGCAAUAUUUCAUAAAGAUGGAUAAAAGGUUAAUUUAACAAAUGUAAUUUGUUAAAUUUUUAAUAUUUUAGGAAAGCAUUAUAGAUUGGGAUUAAGGUAGUUAAUUAAGAAGAAGCAUGAAUAGAAUUAAAUUUUAAGGACUUGAUAGAGGACGAACACUUUAAUCAAUUAAGGGUAAAUAACAUCAUCAAAAUAAUGGAGGAGGAGUAGAUAUAUUGGAAGAAUCUAUGAUUGAAGAAGAACUCAAAAUUUAAAAUACCAAUAUUGGAUCAUAAAAAUUUAUUCAUAGUAAACUUAAAAUGGUGAAAAGUAAGCAUAAUAAUCAAAAUCCAAUUGGAAUAAGAAAAGUAUCAUGGCUUGAAUUUGAUAGUGGACCACUUUAACAUUAAGGUUUAUAAAUAUAACUAACUUUUUUAGAUGGUAAAGCUGCCUAAUAGUUAUUUAAUAAAUAAAUUAGUAAAGGAAGUGAAACCAAUUUUGAUUAAUCUCCUCCAAUAAAUUAAUAAGAGAAUGAUAUCAAAUAAAGAAUUGAAGCUAGAGAAAAUAGUAUAAUUUCAAAAAAAACAAAUAAUAAGUAAUAAUUAUUAUUAUAUUUUAGUAUUGAUAUAACAAGAAGAAAAAAAAGAAGAAAAACUACUUAACUUUUAUAAUUCUUUUAAGGUAUGGAUAAUGGAGAUACUAAAUCUACAAAAAGAGUUGAAAAAAGUAUAUUAGGAAAUGAUGUUUACAGUUCUAGUGUAUAUACAACUGGAGGACCAAGUAAUACUGCAUUAAUAGAUUCGAAUAAUAAAGAUAAUAAUAAUGCAGAUAAUAAUAGUGUACAUGUUGCUCAUUCAUUUGAUGGUAUUUAGAAAAGAAUCUAAGAUAUUGUUCAUGUUCAUUUUGAAAUGGAUUUGGAUAGAUAUAAAUCAUCUAAAUUUUAUUUCCCUGAUUAUAAUGUAGAAGUAGUAUUAUAAAAAAUCUCUGUAUAUUAUGAUAAAGUGAAUGAUAAAAAGUUUGACAUGAGAGAAAUGAAAAGAACAAAAACUAAUCUAACUCUAUUUGAUAGAAUUAGAUAAGCAAAAAAUCCAACUAUUAGAGGAAGUUUUGUUGAUAAAUCCCUUUAAGAUAAUGAUUGA